AUGGAGAGAGGGAGGGAACCCUCUCUCCAACCCCCCUUCUCCCUCCCUCCCUCCAUGUCCCUCUCUCCCUCCCUCCCUCCCUCCCUCCCUCCAUGUCCCUCUCUCCCUCCCUCCCUCCCUCCCUCCCUCCCUCCCUCCCUCCCUCCCUCCCUCCCUCCCUCCCUCCCUCCCUCCCUCCCUCCCUCCCUCCCUCCCUCCCUCCCUCCCUCCCUCCCUCCUCCUCCCUCCCUCCCUCCCUCCCUCCCUCCCUCCCUCCCUCCCUCCCUCCCUCCCUCCCUCCCUCCCUCCCUCCUCCUCCCUCCCUCCCUCCCUCCCUCCCUCCCUCCCUCCCUCCCUCCCUCCAUCCCUCCCUCCCUCCCUCCAUCCCUCCCUCCCUCCCUCCCUCCCUCCCUCCCUCCCUCCCUCCCUCCCUCCCUCCAUCCCUCCCUCCCUCCCUCCCUCCAUCCCUCCCUCCCUCCCUCCCUCCCUCCCUCCCUCCCUCCCUCCCUCCCUCCCUCCCUCCCUCCCUCCCUCACUCGCUCCCUCAUUCUCUGUUGCAUAAUUGAUUCCAAUCCUCCGCAUUUCCCCAGCUUGCCGCAACUUCCUUGUGCCUUUGUGCCAGGAAUCGUGAUUCUAAAGCUGAGGAAAGGCCAGGAGAUUCGGCUCCGUGCGAUCGCCCGUAAGGGACUGGGGAAGGAUCACGCCAAGUGGUCGCCGGCGUCCCCAGUGACGUUCAUGUACGAGCCAGAGAUCACCAUCAACCACACGCUCAUGGAUGGCAUGAGCCUGGAGGAGAGGCGCGAGUGGGUGGACUCCUGCCCCACGCAAGUGUUCGGUAUCGACGAACAUGGACAGGUGUAUGUCGAGAAUGCAGAGCUGUAUGCGUAUGAUGAUGAAGUGAUUGUCAAAGCAGAGGAGUUGGGUCGGCCCGGUCUUGUGGAGAUUCGGCCACGUCAGGACAGCUUCAUUUUCACGGUUGAGUCCAGCGGGGCUUUAUCUGUAGAGAGGAUGUUUUUGGACGCCAUAGAGGUUCUUCGGCAAAAGAUUGAGGCAGUGAGGCUGUCAGGGGAUGGGGAUGAGGGUGAUGAUGAUCACCUGGCCACAUUCAUGCGCCGUGGAUAG